AUGAAGUGUUCAGUAUGUGGUCUUCCUGCCAAACAAUUCCAUUUUGGCUCAAAAUCGUAUACAUGCAAAGCGUGUGCGGCAUUUUUUAGAAGAUUCUUCAUGUCGCCAAAAUUAUCGAUUAGUUGUAAAAUCGAAGGAAAAUGUAAAACCGACUUGAAGUUGCUCAAAACAUUUAUAACGCAAGCUUUUCCCGAGUUUAGUCAAGCUGGAAAAUUUGAAAUGAAAAGCGUUUUCCUAAAUUUUUUCGUCAAAUACACACUAAUUGAGCCGCCAUAUUUAUCGCUUAUGACUGGUUGUGAUAAACUUCUUCUGCCAAACGGAGAUUUUUACAACGACGAUAUUGCUUCAUUAUACGGAAGCGGCUUAAAAUCGCAACGCAUUUCGAAGGAACAAACUGAAGAGUAA